AUGGCUGACGAGGAUACGUCUUUUAUAGAUUCUAUUUUAAAUGAAGAAAAAUACCAAGAUUACUUGGAUGAGAUCAGAUUAGUUACAUCUCAAAUUAAGAAAAGCGGAGCAAUCUUUUACAAACCUUUUCUCGGAACACCCGGAAUAUAUUGGUUUAUCAUUCACAUGCUGAUCCUGUGGGGAGUUGUUCCAAUGUUUUCAAUCUUUGUUUGCCUCUUCAUCGGCUUCGAGUACAAUGCUGGACGAGCAUGGGAUGCUUUUCGAGUAUUUUGGGGCUUGCAAUCAAUGUACGAUCGACUUGAGGGCUCAGAAAUAGACAGGGAGGAGCAAGUAGAAACCGUAGUCGAUCAGAACGAGUCCUCUGGAAGUGGAUCUGGCCCAUCUGGAAAUCGAAAAAGCCUGGCGUCCAUUGCAGACGGACAAAUUGAGAAUGGUGCGACAAACGAAGGAUCUGGCGGAAAGCCAAGAAAGAACUCCAUUUGGCCAAAAUUAUUCUAUAAGAAGAAUAGUCUUCCGCUGACAUCGAAAAACAACAUCGAUUUAGUUUCUGAAAUCAAGGAAGAAGAAGAAUAA